UAUUUGGGCUAAAGCUGAUUUUUUAAAAUGUAGUAUACACGUGUGAUUUUUCUAAUUCGUAAUUAUUAUAUAAAACGUAACUAAAACAUGAACGCUAGAGGAGCUGAAAUGGCUAAUACCAGUUUAAACAACAGUACUCCACAAGUACAAAUAAGAUUUAUUACGAAGCAGGAACAGUAUGCUGUACCAGAUUUUCCACUAUCUGUUCACACAAAUAUUGUGUCAAGUGAACUAAAUACUCUUAUAAAUGAACUCUUAAAAGAGUCAACUGAUGUUAAGAAUGAUAUAGAGUUUGAUUUUCUGGUAUGCUCCCAGUUUCUACGUACUUCGUUAUCUGAACAUAUAGCAGAGAAAAAUGUUUCUACAGAGGAGGUGAUAAAUAUUGAAUAUGUUGAAAAAUACCCACCACCAGAACCUCAGGACUGUCUUAUACACGAUGAUUGGGUGGCUGCUGUUGAUGUUUGUGAAAAAUGGAUAUUGACCGGCUGCUAUGACAAUACACUGCAUAUUUGGACAUCUAAAGGGAAACAUCAUCUUGUUAUUCCUGGACAUACAUCACCAAUUAAAGCAGUGGCAUGGAUAUCUUUGAAUAACGAUACCGCUAGUUUUGUUAGUGCAUCACAGGAUCAGACAGCUAUAAUAUGGGACUGGAAUAUUGCAGAAAAUUCAGUAGAAUGUAUACAUGUAUGUAGAGGACACGAACGUGGCCUCGAAACUGUUAGCGUUAAUUAUGACAAAACGACAAUGGCUACUGGAGCGUGGGAUACGAUGCUUAAAAUCUGGUCUACGUCUAACCAAGAUGAAAAUGAAGAUGGUGAAUCCACUUCAAAGAGAUUGAAGUCAGAACAUGGUAAAACGAGGACACCUAAAAGGACCAUGAAAGGGCAUAAAGAAGCAAUCAGUGGUGUUGUGUGGUCAGACAAAACAGAACUCAUAACGUCUUCGUGGGACCAUACGAUAAAAAUAUGGGAUUCGGAAUUAGGUGGAAUCAAGCACGAACUUGCUGGCAAUAAAAGUUUCUUCGACCUAGAUUAUUCUCCACUAAGCCGUAACGUUAUAGCUGCAUCUGCCGAUAGACACAUUAGAUUAUAUGAUCCCAGAUCUACAGAGGGAACACUUGUGAAAUCAGUAUUUACUUCUCACACCCAGUGGGUGCAGUCUGUGAGAUGGUCACCCACGGAUGCAAAUCUUUUUAUUUCAGGAGCGUAUGAUAACGACAUGAAACUUUGGGACACCAGAAGUCCUAAGGCACCAUUAUUUGAUCUAUCUGGACACGAGGAUAAAGUGUUAUGUUGCAAUUGGUCGAAUCCAAAAUUGAUGGUAUCUGGAGGGGCGGAUAAUACUUCCUAGAGGAUACCAAGAAAACGUCGCUGGGGAUUUGUUAAAAAAGGCAUAUACAAUAGUCGCUACUACUUGAUUCGACAGAAGGCAUAAGUGUUUAUCUUUCAAGUGUCUCUUGGAAUAUGUGUAAAUACAUUAACUGAUCUUUUGUACGAGAGUAAGUUUAUUUUACAGACUUUUACAGUUCAUUUGUUCCUUCGUCUCACAGAUGUUGUUGUUGCCCUCAAACGCAAAAGGAAAGAAAAAAGGAGAAAUGAAAAUUAAAUUCGUUCUAAAAACAUCAUAUAACAUUUAACCCAUUCUAAAAUGAGUAUAAGAAAGAUGUAUCCCGUUGAAAAUUAUAUUACUAUUUGGGGAUUCACUCUUGAUGCUGAACUAAGGAAAGGAUAAAAGAAUGUGUUUCGAAUAAAUCCCCAAAACAGAUCGUUUAUUGAUCAAAAAUAAGGGACGAUAAUAAUUAAGAAUUUGAUUCUUUCACUUUGAAUAUACCAAACCAUACUUGUAAGUAACUCUAAAAACUGUUCGGUGCACGCUCCCCCAUACAAAGUGUAGAAGAGUGACGUAUCAGAGCGUGCACACGCAGUGUGCAGUUUACAGUAACAGUGUGUCUUCUGCAGUCUGUGUCAUGUUAUAGGCAGAUGGUUUUUUUUUCUUUCUUUUAAAGUACGCAUUAUUUAAAUUAUGCAUACACCUACACACCACAUGCUCGGCUCGCACUUUCUCUCUCUCUCACACAUAUUUAUUUUCACUUUCUCUCACAUUCUUGUUCUUCUUUUUUUUUUUAUUCGUUUUGCUGUUUCUUCGUUUUUCUUUUUCUUUUCUUUUCUCACUUUUUCUCUUUUUUUUUGUUUGUUUCUUUAGAAGACCCUAUCUAACCCCCACAUUAUCUCACACAAAGACUAGCGUUUUUAAACGAUCCAAAAUAAACUAAGGGCACUUUUAGUGGCGUAUGCCCUGUGUUCUUAUUUCGAGAUUUUUAUUUUUUCUUUUCAUGAAAAAUCUAAUUCUGACCGUUGUUAAACUUUGUUGGUUUUUUCCCUUUUUUUUUUGUUUGUUUUGUUUAUUACAGCACCUAUCGACUUCUAAGAGUCCCUAUUUCUUAACUAGCUAUGACACACUUGCCUUAAUCUAGAAAAAUUUUCAUUACGUGCUAUGCCUCGCCAUCUUAAUGUAAUUUUCGAACCUAUGCGUUCAUUUUUUUUUUUUUCUUUUUUUCCUCCCUCGAAUCGUUAAUUCUCGUACGAUUUUUCGAACUAACUUAAUGCCUCGACAUCAUUUUCACUCUGUCUCUCAUUCUCUCCCACACUCUCAUCUUCAGUUUUCUUUCUCUCUGAUGUAUGAAACUCUUUUUCAUAUUCAGAUUGGUCGCCCACCGCAUAACAAUAUAUCCUGGAGAGAAGAAACAAACAAAAUUAAGGUUCUAGAGAAUGACAUGUUUUCGUCCGUAUCUUGUGACGCAGAGAUGAUCAGGAGAAAGAACAAAAAAAAAAAAGAAAACGCGGAGAACAUAUCGAUGGGAGGAGAAACGAGGAAAGUUACAAGUUAGAAGAGGGUGGAGGAGGAGGAGGAACAGGGAGGA